AAAAAGGAAAAAAAAAAAAAAAAACUUCUCCUAUAUCGUCCCGUCCACUUUCGAUGUUAAGCGCCGUCAAUCUUCGCGACAGGCUAGCCAGCCUUCCAGACAGUCUGAGAUGGCAAUCUAUACUUCGUUAUGUCGCCGUCACUUUCAUCGUCUCUAUAACCUUGUCCGGCAUCUUCUUAUUUCGCCAUCCCGAGGCCUUCCUCCGUGAUACCGGAUCCCAUUACUUCGAAUACUUUUGGAAUCGCACGGCGGAUCAUCCCAUCGAUCAUCUUAUCAGCGAUGCGCACACAUUCCACGAGAACCUGCUGAAACAGCGAAGCUUCGACCUACCUACAGCCGCAGCUCGCUAUCGCGAGCGACGAGGGCGACACCCUCCUCCAGGAUUUGAUGCCUGGUUCCGGUAUGCGACAGAACACGAGGCAAUAAUCGUAGAGUCUUUUUUCGACAGGAUAUAUGCCGACAUAGCGCCGUUUUGGGCCCUCGACGCCCUGACGACUGCUGAACGAGCCGCAGCGUCGGAAUAUGUUGUGCGCGUUCGCAAGGGCGUUGCCAGCGGUGUAGGCAAUACUGAAGGUAAAGUUCCGUGGUUAGAACUAUGGACAAAAUUAGUGGCUGAGGCCGCGCCGUGGUUGCCGGACGUCGAUAUGCCUAUUAAUUACAUGGACGAAUCUCGGAUUAUCGUUCCUUGGGAAGACGUAACGAGUCUGGUGGACAAGGAGCGAAUAAGUCGCUCGGUCAAGCCCCUAGAAGAAGUGGUGACGGAAUAUAGCGGCCUAGAUAAGGUUGAUGCUAAGGCCGGCGAUACUCAACCUUAUAAACCGAAUUGGCUUAGAGAAAACUACUGGGACCUUACACGGGUCGCUUGCGCUCCCGAUUCGCCGUCACGCAAUGUGACACCGAUCCAGAAUAUAGAGGAGCCGCCCGUGUUCCCAGAAGAUUGGGAACCCGAGUACAUGUACAAAGGAUAUAUCCGUAACUUUACCGCCGCUACGGAUCCGUGCGUCCAGCCCCACCUCCGGGGCAUGCACGGCACAUUCAUCGAGCCCCUGACGAUGUCAACGAGCCAAGAGCUCAUCCCGUUAUUUGGCGGAUGCAAGCUACCCGUGAAUAACGAGAUCCUCAUCCCCGGGGCUAUGUACCUGACGGACAACCCCUUCUAUUCGGGUGGAAAUACGCACGGUCCAUCUUGGUGGAGGAAGACCAACGGCGUCGUUUGGCGGGGUGUCGCAUCAGGGGGCCGGAACAAGAAGGAGAAUUGGUUUCAUUUCCAGCGGCACCGUCUUGUAGAAAUGCUCAACGGGACGACAGUGUCCGGAAUGGAAGAGCACGGCUCUCGCGCCAUGACGUUUGAGAUGCCGCCCAUGCAGAAGUACGAUUUCCCGCGACGGCGCGAGGCAACAAUUGGCACUUGGUUACAAGAGUUCUCUAACGCCGGCUUUGUCAACCUCCUGUGCUUUCCGGAGGAUUCCAACUGCACCUACGUCCGACCCUACUUCUCCGAGGUGCAGGGCAUUCCCAUGAAGGAGCAAUACAAGUACAAGUUCAUGCCCGAUGUGGACGGGAACAGUUUCAGUGCAAGAUUUAGAGGUUUUCUGCUGUCAACAUCCCUCCCCCUCAAGGCUACGAUAUACUCAGAGUGGCACGACGAUCGCUUGGUUCCGUGGCUGCAUUUUGCUCCUAUGGAUAAUACCUUUCAGGAUCUCUACGCUAUACUUGAUUACUUUACUAGGGAUAGAAAAGGCGACAUCUCUGCACGCUUCAUCGCCGAGGAGGGUAUGUCUUGGGGUUCAAAGGUCCUCAGGAGGGAAGAUAUGUUGUUAUACGUUUGGAGGCUGCUACUCGAAUUUGCACGCGUAUGUGACGAGAAACGGGAAAUGCUUGGAUAUAUAGACGAUUUAAGACCGGCAUAAUGAGCACAUGUAUACCUCCUAAGGUAACUUCUUGUAUAUUAAUAAUUUCUUUCCAAUACAUCUUAACAUAAGCUGUGGAUCUAUUCCCGGGCUCCGUCUUCAUCCCGUCUUGAAUAACUUUUGAUGAUAAUAGGUACUUGCCGAC